CUCCCCUUUUACAGCUUCUUUCGUUCCUCCUCUUCCCUCUCACCGCCAUAGCAUCUCCUGCAUCGCUCAUCGCCGUUGGGAAAGAUAAGGUCCUACUUUUGAGUUCCAUUCCUCUAACAAGAUUUGUUGAAUUUUGAUUUAUUGUCUGGAUGGAAAUUGUUCAAAGAGAGGGCGAAAAUGCUUUGCUUGCGGCUGGUCCAAGGCCGAUGGAAUGGUCUACUGUUCCUUACAGUGCUCCUCAAGCACCCGGUUCGAAUGGGAAGCAGCGGACAUCAAGUUUGGAAGCCCCAAUAAUGUUGCUGACAGGCCAUCAGAGUUCUAUAUACACAAUGAAGUUCAAUCCAGCUGGAACAGUCGUUGCAUCUGGAUCUCAUGACAAAGAAAUUUUUCUUUGGAAUGUGCAGGGUGAUUGCAAAAACUUCAUGGUUCUGAAAGGCCACAAGAAUGCAGUUCUAGACCUUCACUGGACUACUGAUGGCUCCCAGAUAAUAUCAGCCAGCCCUGACAAGACUCUGAGGGCAUGGGAUGUUGAAACAGGAAAACAAAUUAAAAAGAUGGCUGAACACUCCUCAUUUGUGAAUGCUUGUUGUCCUUCAAGGAGAGGUCCGCCUCUUGUUGUUAGUGGAUCCGAUGAUGGGACUGCCAAACUCUGGGAUAUGCGCCAAAGGGGUGCAAUUCAAACUUUUCCGGAUAAAUAUCAAAUAACAGCAGUCAGUUUCUCAGAUGCAUCGGAUAAGAUCUUCACAGGUGGUAUGGAUAAUGAUGUUAAAGUUUGGGAUUUGCGCAAAGGUGAGGUGACCAUGACACUUCAGGGUCAUCAAGAUAUGAUAACGGGCAUAGAUGGUUCUUACCUUCUUUCUAAUGGCAUGGACUGCAAGCUGUGCAUAUGGGAUAUGCGCCCAUAUGCACCACAAAAUCGCUGUGUUAAAAUUUUGGAAGGACACCAGCACAACUUCGAGAAGAACUUGCUAAAAUGUUCCUGGUCUCCUGAUGGAAGCAAGGUCACAGCUGGUAGUUCGGAUAGGAUGGUUUACAUAUGGGAUACAACUUCUCGACGCAUUCUGUAUAAGCUCCCUGGCCACACUGGAUCUGUAAACGAGUCAGUCUUCCAUCCUAGUGAACCCAUCAUUGGCUCAUGCAGUAGUGACAAACAAAUUUACCUGGGGGAGAUCUGAAGUAAGCUUGUAAUUAUAUUAUGAGCAAGACGCGAGUUGAAAUGUUGGUGAAUGGAAACAGUGAAACAAAGAACUUAGGAUUCAACUUUGUUUGACAUACUGAUUUUAAAGGUUGUAUUUUUAUGUAGUCUCAUUGAAUGCCAGAUCUUAGCUGCUUGUGUGUGACUCGAGUCAUCUAAUUAUAUCACGCGUUCAACGUUUA